AAAUAGUCCAUCGCCCUACUUUCUUGAUUAUUUAUUCCAUGUUGUUAAUUGAAAUUAAGCAAUGUUAAAAAGUUAGCAAAAGCCUUAAAAAAUGUACAUGUAAUGGUGAAACACAAAGUCAAGAGUCAAGACAUCCAUCCUCACUAGUCAUUCCUAAUUGUGGUGUCGUAAUUCCUAAACCCAACACAAAAAUUGCGGCUGAAAUUGCAACUCUGAAAGAUGAUGAAGGCAUCUUUGAAGGGCAAAUACGAAUACGAUGCUGAUAAAGCCGCCACUUCCGCCAUCUCUACUCUCGCCAUUCCUGUUGGAGAUUUCAAGCUUCGUACUUCUUUAACUGAUGCUACUUUUCUCAAAGGUCCUUCUCUUAAUGGCCUUCUUUUCUCUCUCGAGAAACCUGGUUUCUUCAUUUUUGACUACAAUGUUCCCAAGAAGGAUUUUCGGUUUCAGUUCAUGAAUUCAAUUAGGGUUCUUGAGAAGCCUUUGAAUAUGACUUAUAUUCACCAUAAAGGUGAUAAUAGGACCAUUUUGGAGGGUUCUUUGGUACUGGAUUCUUGUAAUAAGGUUUCUGCUAAUCAUAUGAUGGGUUCAAAGAACGGAAAAUUUAAGUAUAGUUAUGUUCAUCAAGGGGUUACGACCUUUGAGCCAUGCUUUGAUUUGGGAAAAAAUUCAUGGGAUUUUGCUUUGUCAAGGAAGGUUUAUGGAGAUGAUGUUGUCAAGGCUUCUUAUCAGACCUCUAAUCAGAAUCUUGGCUUGGAGUGGUCUAGAAAUUCUAAAACAAAUGGAUGUUUUAAGGUUUCAGCAAUCUUCAAUCUGGCGGAGGAAGUUAAAGUGCCAAAAUUAUUUGCCGAGAGCACAUGGAACUUUGAAAUGUGAUUCGUUCUUGGUGCUCCAUCUCACCCCUUUUUAUUUGGUACAAUCGGAAAAUGUUUUGUAGCCAUAAUUCUGUUCGUGUUGAACGCAAUAGAUUAUGAAGCCGACUCCCCAAAUUCUGUUUCUUUAGAUGACGAAUUUUUUCGGAUAUGUAUUAUUAUUACCUUGGAAAACAUUUGUACUGGAAAAUGUUCACACAGAUUGAUCGAAGGAUUUGCAUCUGAUGUUUACUUGUAGUUA